AUGGCACGAACCAGACAAACAGCAAGGAAGGGCAUUUGUGGAAAAGCACCACGAGCACAACAUUACACUCCACGCACUUGCUCCAAAUUUCGUGAACUCAUGAUCAAGAACGAUCAAUCUCAACACACCGAUAUCAUUUCACGAUUGGCUCCCUAUUCCCGAUGUGCCAAGUUGGCUAGAUUUUGGAUAUUAAAGGACUUGCAACAAACUCAUGGUGCUCGUUUGAAGCAAAACCAUCCAUGCAAUGAUGAUCCAACGAGUACACUAGAACAACAAGAGAACGUUUUACAAUUACUUCAAUCAUUACCUCUUGAUGUCAAAAUUGAUAUCAUUACUUUUAUUCCGACCACUUCUCUACUAGUACCUCCGUAUGGCAGGCAUACACAGACGGGAGCCAAAUUGAAAGAACAAGUGGAUCCUUGGUGGUUUUCUUUAAUGAAACAUCGAUUGAUUAGCACAUCCGUUAAAUCGGUUCUUGAAAAUAUCAUUUGUAAAAGACUUUCACGAGAGGGUCUAGAUGCUUCUGAUAGUGUACUUGUUCGACCUUAUGCUUUGAAGCGUCAUCCCAUUUGGAAAUUGUUGGAAAUUCAGGAGAGAUUCAUGACGUUGCAAGCAAAUCCAUCUCAUAAUGAAAAAUUACAGAGCCAGGCUGAUGAAGCUCUUGCUACAGUGCCUGAAGGCAGUAAUGUCCUUGCCGAAGGAGAGUGCGUUUGGAACGCCAUGUUACAUUUUACGGGUAAUCCUGCCAAGUUCUAUACGAUCCAAUUAAUGGUCGAUGGAAAAAACUACUGUGUUUUUACUCGAUGGGGCCUUUUUGGACAAACGGGACAAAAGAAAAUCAUUACAUUUACAUCGUUGAUGGAGGCAAAAGCUGAAUUCAGAAACAAAUUUAAAGAGAGAACAGGAAAUGAUUGGGAAAAUAGAUCGAAUUUCCAACUUGUGGUAGGAAAGUAUAACUUGGUUGACAUGUCCAAUACUGGUAUCUCUACCGUGGAAUCAAACAUUGAAACCUUUAAUUUCAAUUCCUUAUUUCUUCCAAUAGCCACAUUUGGAACUGUUUUACCACCUUUACAUACUUUUUCCACAACAUCCAGCAAUAGUACUGAACCAGAAGAAGAAGAAGAGGAUAUAUUGAUGUCUGAAAUGAUGCAAAGAGAUUUAAAAGACUUGGAAGAUGAACUUAUUGAGGACGUUAAACAUCAUCCACACUUUAACCUCAUGACUUCUUUCUUGGAUGAAGGCUAUUCUGUUGAUGCUGAUAUCAUGAAACCAAUUCAAGAAUGCAAGUCUAUGAUUCAACAAGCCUUUUCAGAAUAUAACCCUCGAACAAAUACUUUGCAUCUACCACAAGUUACGAAUCAGUAUUUGAAAUCUUUAACUGUUUCCAUUGCCAGCGAACACGAUUGUUACAUGUGUAUGGAAUUAUUGCAUUCAUUACAGAAUUUAGAACAUGUAACCUUAAUUUUGUAUUCCUAUAGUAUUUUUUACUCGUUCGCCAACCUGAUACAAGUUGGUAUGGAAUAUCCUUGCAUGAAGCAUGUGAAAUUUAUUUGUUUGAGUUCGAACACGAGUUUUGGUUUUCCUGACAUUAUGAUGUUGCUGACCACCCUUUUUCCUGACAUUUCUAAAAUAGAGUUUGAGGGAUUUAUGUGUAACGAAAUUUCUGCCAACAUUCAAUCUUCUAUUGCACAGUACCAAGAGAUUGAGAUUGUUUACAAGAAUAUGAAUGCGGACUUGUUUGAACAAGUGUGCAGGACUUACAACAUUUAUCCUUUUGUAAGCAGCCCAGAUGUCUACACUUCUGUAGUUGUGGAUGAAGACGUGCCAAUCAUAGAAAAGAAGAAGAUUAUUGAAUACUUGGUACCACAUUUUGAUAUGAAAGAUCAUCAUUGGGCAAAUAGUCAUUAUCAGUUUCAAAACCCACAAUUAGCGCCUUUGUAUCAGUACACGAUUUAUUUGAUGAACAAACAUGGACAACAUUUUGGUAGCAAUAGCGACUUGAGCUUUUCAACAAUCUCAAUGCAAUAUGGUUAUGACAUUUGCAGCAACAUGUUAGAAUCCAUCCCAUACUUUUCCUCAAGCCUCUCUCAAGAUUUGAUGAAAAUGUUCGAAGAGAAGUUGAAGAAAAAAGAAGCCAAACUUAGUUUGAAUGAUUUUUUGGGGACUCUUCUUCACAGCACCGACUAUGGAACGCUGUUACAAGUUUUUACUCGAUUUAAGAAUUAUUUACCUGAAGAGGAUGCAAAAAAACUAUUCAAAAGAUUUGUUUUGUACAAGAAUCAUGAUUUACAUGUGAAUUUAUUUAAUUAUUUAUUACAUUUUCAAGCUCCAAGACAUGUGCUGGAUUACAUUUUAGAUUUCAUGACUCCUGAAGAUUUAUUAGAAACAACUGUCAUGUAUUCUGAACAGCCAGAACCUGGUCACUAUACCGUCAAUACCUUAUUGAUGGCCAUUCUUUCUAGUUAUGUGUCAGAUCAGUUCAUUUUGAAGAUUAUUGAAAAACAACCACUUCUUGUCAAUAUGAGUACUGGCUUGGAAAUUACACCACUCCACGCUGUAUGUGCAGACACAUCAAGAUGGGGCUUAAUUCCAUACCUUGUUGAGCAAUAUCAUGCUGAUGUUUUUGCAAAGGACAAGCAGGGUCGUACUCCCUAUCAGUAUGCUUUGUAUCAAUGUCCAUAUCGGGAUGCAAUUCCUGCAUGUCUGAGAAUGUCAGGACAAGAAAUGGAUACCAAUAAUGGCUUGUGA